UUCCGCCCGCCGCAUCGCUCUUGGCUCACGCCGUCCCCGUCCGUCCUCCCCCGCGCCCGCCCCUCGCGGGAGACGAGACGAGAGAGAUAGAGCCUCCGGGCCUGGAGCUGGAAGCUUCUUCGCGGCGUUGCGUCGUUGCCCGCUCGCCCGGUUGCAAGGUGCUGGUGAAUCUGGCUCAGCUAUAUUUCAUUGUGGUCCACAGGAAGAUGGUUUUCUGAUGCUGCUUUAUUUGUUUACUGUAAAUUGAUGAAAUUUUGGUGAACAUACUAUGGACAAAAAUACUCCUUGUCCUGUUGAAGGCAACGGUGAGAUUAAAAAUGGUGUGAGCUCUAGUCAAAAUCCUGAGGCCGUUGAGCAUCAUGUUAUGUCUCCAUCUCAAACAAUGCAAAAUACCAUGGGUAUAAGGAAAAAUUAUAAAAGGGCAGCAAACAGAGGCAAAAAAGGCUCCCAAGGACUAACAGGUCAAACAUAUACUUUGAGGUCAUCUGGUAAUAAUGUCAGGAUGCUUCGCUCCACUUCAAGUUCAAAGACAAAACCUACUGAACAUGCACAGACUCCAGUACAACCAGCAGAACCAGCAGCAAAAAGAAGAAAAAGGGGCAGACCCACAAACACAAACAAAAGUUCGACAGACGAGUUUUCACAAAUUCGUAAACGUGUUAGAUACAUUUUGAAUCGGAUGAACUACGAACAAAGCCUGAUUGAAGCUUAUGCUAGUGAAGGCUGGAAAAAUCAAAGUUUGGAUAAGAUAAGACCUGAGAAGGAGCUUGAACGAGCGAAGGCGGAAAUUUUGCGAUGCAAGCUGAGAAUACGGGAAGUCUUCCAGAAUCUUGAUUCUCUCCUCACUAAGGGGAAGAUUGAUGAGUCUUUAUUUGAUUCUGAAGGAGAGAUAUCUUGUGAAGAUAUUUUUUGUGCCACUUGUGGCUUGAAGGAUGUUACAUUGGGUAAUGAUAUCAUUCUCUGUGAUGGAGCUUGUGACAGAGGGUUCCACCAGAACUGUUUAAAUCCUCCUUUGCGUACUGAAGAUAUCCCCGAAGGAGAUGAAGGUUGGCUUUGCCCUGCAUGUGAUUGCAAGUUAGACUGUAUAGACAUAAUAAAUGAACUUCAGGGAAGUGAUCUCUCCAUUGACGACUCUUGGGAGAAAGUCUUUCCAGAGGCUGCUGCUUUGGCAAAUGGCUCUAAGCAAGAUGACGCGUUUGAUCUUCCAUCAGAUGAUUCAGAUGACAAUGACUUUGACCCCAAUAUGUCCGAAGAGCAUGUGGCUAGCAAGGAAGAAGGAUCUUCCGAAGAGGAAGAGGAUGAGGAUGGAGGAUCAGACUCUGACAACUCAAACUUUUUGACCUCUUCUGAUUCUGAUGGUUCGGGACCUUUGACAACGGACAAAAAGAAGGUCGAUGACCUGGGAUUACCUUCUGAGGAUUCAGAGGAUGAUGACUAUGAUCCAGCAGGUCCUGAUUCAGAUAAUGAUUCUGAUAGAGAUAUCCAAAAGAAUAAAUCAACUUCAGAUGGGUCGGACUUCACAUCUGACUCUGAUGAUUUCUGCAAGGAGAUUGCAAAAUCUGGUGGACAUGAUGAAGUUUCAUCACCUCCAUUACCUGAUGUUAAGGUGGAUGAUAUGGAAAGAAGCACUGCUCAGGCUGACACAGAAAAUUCCAAUGGUGACCCUAUGGAGACUGAAAUGGACCAGAGUGUGGUUUUACCAGUUUCAGGGAGACGGCAGUCUGAACGGUUGGACUACAAAAAACUAUAUGAUGAGGCUUAUGGUGAAGCACCGUCUGAUUCUAGUGACGAUGAAGAAUGGUCUGGGAAAAACACACCAACAAAAGGCAAUGAAGAGAUUGGAGCUGAUUCUCCUGCAGGAAAAAGCUUGCAUCCUGAUUCUCUUCAUGGUUCAGUUGAUAAGAAACAUGGAGAUGGAUCUAAUGGCAGCAACAGUGCAACUAGAAAAGGACAUUUUGGUCCAGUAAUCAAUCAGAAGCUACAUGAACAUUUUAAGACAGAUCAAUACCCUAGUCGUUCUGUCAAAGAAAGCCUGGCAGAAGAACUAGGGCUCACAUUCCAGCAGGUUAGCAAAUGGUUUGAAAGUAGGCGUCAUUUCGCAAAGGUAACUUCUUCCAGGAAAGGCAUCUGUCCAGAUAAUCAUAGACCUGAGAAUACAGAUAGUCCAAUGGCAGCUGGCACGCAACUCAACAAACCUGAGGGGACGGAGAUGGAAAAACCUAAUAUAGGCAGAAACAAGGAUGCUACCAUCUCUGGAAAAUUGGGCUCUCCAAAAGUUGGAUCAAGAAAGAAUCGUGGCAAGAAUGCCUCCGGAGGUGAUGUGAGAGGAUCCAAAGUUGAUUCUGCUGAGGAGCAGGUUCCAGGGCUCGACCUUGCAGACAAGGCAAGGCAAAAGGCAAUACAGCGGGAAAUAAUGAAGAAGAAAAAGGGCAGAUGAAAUUCUAGCCGAAGUCAACAGCCAGAAUAUGAACUCCUCCCGAAAUGUCCAAGUCAGGUCGUGAUUUUGCUGCAGCACUGAGCCUUGGAACUUUGGCUUUGUACGGCUUUACAUUGGUGGCCAUCCUAAAAAAGUAAAAAACAUAGACGAUUGCAUGUCAGCCAGCUCUCACUAGAUCAUGUCAGUCAACUAACAAGCACAGCAUUCAGUUUUCUGGGGGCAAUUGGUUCCCUGUUCUUCAGCCAAUGAGAGCUUCCCCUCGAUUCCUGGGGCGCUCUCGCUAGGAGUUAUCCUUCAGAUUUAUUUGUACCGACUUGUCAUUGCAUGAUUGCAGUAAGGGUUCCGUUGCAAAAACCCAAGGCUCCGGAGCAACAGCAGGGUGCUGCUAUGAUAGUAUGGAGAAGAUGUGCUGCUGUCAUCGCUGUUGAUGUUCUUGUAACUUGCAAGAUGGGCCGCGUGUAAUACCAAACCUUUUUUUUAUUUGAUAGGAUGUUGUACCAAACCUUGGUGUAAUGUGAGCUGAGGACAUUGUUUCGUUGUUGGUUUUGUACUUGUUUGGCUCCCCUGAUAGAACAAGAUCGUUGCGCUUUUCAUGCAAGACAAAUUUCUCGUAA